AUGGGCGCGCGAAGCCACAGGCGUGGGGCGGGGGCAGUGCAGAGCACCAACGACAGCAGCGCCCUCAGCAAGCGCUCCCUGGCCGCGCGCGGGUACGUGCAAGACGCCUUCGCUCAAUUGCUGGUGCCAGGCGCCGGGCGGCGCGCGCCGCUCAUCCACCGCGGCUACUACGCACGCGCACGCGCCGUGCAGCACUGCGUGGACGCCUUCCUAGAGCGCAUGCGCGCGCUUCCCGGCGCGCCGCGAGUCCAGAUUCUGUCACUCGGGGCCGGCUCGGACUCGCUGUAUUUUCGCCUCAAAGCCACCGGAAGUCUCGAGCUCGCCGGCGCUGCUGUCUGGGAGGUGGAUUUUCCCGAGGUGGCGAGGCGGAAAGCGGCCCGGAUUCGGGAGGUGCCGGAGCUGUGCGCGCUCACCGGGCCUCCCGUCAGUCGGGAGCCCCCGUCGGCCCUGUGCUUCCAGAGCUCCGACUACCGCCUCCUGGGCCUGGACCUGCAGCAGCUCGAGCGACUGGAUCAAGCCUUGGCCGAAGCGGCCCUGGACGCUGCUGCGCCCACUCUGCUCCUGGCCGAAGCCGUAUUAACCUACCUGGAACCCGGCAGCUCCAAGGCGCUCAUCACCUGGGCCGCUCAGCGUUUCCCCGAUGCCCUUUUCGUGGUCUACGAGCAGAUGAGGCCGCAGGACGCCUUUGGCCAAGUCAUGCAGCAACACUUUCGCCAGCUGAAUUCCCCCCUUCACGGCCUGGACCGCUUUCCCGACGUCGAGGCCCAGCAGCGCCGCUUCCUGCAAGCGGGCUGGACAGCCUGCACGGUUAUGGACAUGAACGAGUUCUACCACCGCAUCCUUCCCACCCAAGAACGUUGCCGCAUAGAAAAUCUCGAACCUUUCGACGAGUUCGAGGAGUGGCAUCUGAAGUGCUCCCACUAUUUCAUUCUGGCUGCUUCUCAGGGAGACGCACUCUCCCCGGUUAUAGUGUUUCCACCCUCUGAGGCUUUUACACCGGUAGACCCUGCUUCCCCUUCAGGGAUCUUCCCUGCCAGUUUCGUCACCAGUGAUGGCCAGGGCCCAGACCUUAAGAGAUUCGGCCAUGCCUCAGUGCUUUUGAGCCAGGGCCUUAUCCUCAGCACUGGAGGAUUCGGAGAGCAGGAGGGGCGGCACUGCCGAGUGAGCAAGUUUCACUUGCUGUCAAGAGACUGUUCCUUGGAGUGGAAAGGCAGCCACAUAGGCAGUAGCAGAGCUAGCACUCAGUGGGAUGGACGCCUUUAUCACACUAUGACAAGACUUUCAGACAAUCACGUUCUGGUUCUGGGAGGGAGACUGUCCCCAGUAACCCCGGCCCUGCAUAGUCUCCACCUUUGUUUUGGUAAGAGUGAGGAUAAUAGCUGCUUGGACCUAAAUGUCACCAUAUCAAAGGCUGGUCCAGAAGAAGAUUCCACCCUGUCUUGUUGGCGACACUCAGCAACAGAAGUGUCAUACCAGAAUCAGAAAUAUUUAUUUGUAUAUGGGGGUCGAAGUGUGAUGGCACCUGUUUUAAGUGAAUGGCAUUUCCUGCACAUCAGGACAAUGACUUGGGUGAAGAUCCCGGUGGAAGGGGAAGCCCCUAAAGGUCGGCAUUCCCACAGUGCCUGCAGUUGGCAAGGGGGAACCCUUAUAGCUGGAGGGCUGGGUGCUUCAGAGGAACCACUGAGCUCUGUAUUCUUUCUGAAACCAGUCUCUUCUGGGUUCCUCUGGGAAUCAGUAGUCACACAGCCUCCUAUUACUCCAAGGUACUCCCACACUGGUCAUGUGCUAAAUGGGAAGCUUUUACUGGUUGGAGGAGUCUGGAUUCAUUCCUCCUCAGUUCCUGGAGUGACUGUUAUCAACUUGACUACGGGACUGAUCUCUGAGUAUCAUAUUGACACAACACAUGUACCGUGGCCAUUAAUGUUGCACAACCAUACUAGUGUUCUCCUUCCCGAAGAGCAAAAGAUCCUGCUCCUUGGGGGUGGUGGGAACUGCUUUUCCUUUGGCACUUACUUUAACCCACAUACAGUGUCAUUAGACAUUUCUUCCUUAAGUGCUGAACAAUAAGUGCUGGACUUUUGAUAUCUGUUUCUUUGUCCACUAAAGUAUACAAUAAAGUUUGCACAAAUAAGAUUUG